UUUGAUAUUUUGUAAUCUGCAUAAUUGUCUCUCUGAGCUUCAUUAAUGACCUGAACAUUACAGUUAAUUACAGGCCUGUAAUGCAGUUUAACGAACGAGUGCUUUAGCUUCUAGUACAUAAACGUUUUAAUUCAAUAAGCCUGUACAUAAAAAAUCCAGAUUAUACCCCGGACUCAUCUGUCUAAUGGAAGAUUAGCUCUGAUUAGCCAUUAAUUAGCUAAAGUGUCUCCCACCGACACACACACACAAAGCCUCUUGUCAGAUUAGCUUCAGUUCUUAAAUGUCAGAUUGUUAUGGGAUCAUUUAUUAUUUGCUCUUCGUUCAUUCAGAUGUUAUAAUCGUGUGUUUGAUUUCUCCCACACGUGACUGACAGGGCAUGGUGUUACUCUGUCGUCAUGGCGAUGGUCUCCUUAGCCUGGCUCCUCCCAGCCAUCGCUGCUGCCACGCCCUUCCCCAGCGACCUGCAGCCAAUCAGUGUGGUGCGUCUGGAAGAUUCGCACCGGUGUCCCAGUUUUCAGGGUCUGGUGUUUAAUAAUGGCACGGAGCGUCUGGGUCUGGACUAUCAGCGCAUGAUCCGGAUCCAGCACAUGCUGUACAUCGCUGCCAGAGACCAUGUAUUUGUUGUGAAUCUCACUACUGCAGUCGAUAAGAUCAUCCCACAGCAGAUCCUGACGUGGAGAUCUACAGACGUGUCGAAGUGUGCCGUGAGAGGAAGAAACAGCGAUGAGUGUUAUAAUUACAUCAAGGUUCUUGUGCCUCGUAACGACGAGACUCUGUUUGCGUGUGGAACGAACGCUCUGAACCCGGCCUGCAGAAACUACAGAUUGAGGACGCUGGAGCAGGUCGGUCAGGAGCUGCUGGGUCAGGCCCGAUGUCCCUUCGAGUCGCGCCAGUCCAAUGUAGGAGUGUUUGCAGGUGGUCAUUUCUAUUCGGCCACAGUGACGGACUUCCAGGCGAGUGAUGCGGUGAUCUACAGGAGUUUGGGUGGAGAGGGGCGGCCCGUCCUGCGCACCGUCAAAUACGACUCCAAAUGGCUCAGAGAGCCUCACUUCCUGCACGCUGUUGAAUACGGCAACUACGUUUAUUUCUUCUUCAGUGAGAUCGCAGUGGAGCACACUGGCGCUGGGAAGGUGGUGUAUUCGCGCGUGGCGCGUGUGUGUAAGAACGACAGCGGAGGCUCCACGCGGGUGUUGGAUCGUCACUGGACGUCGUUUCUGAAGGCGCGUCUGAACUGCUCUGUUCCUGGAGACACGUUCUUCUACUUCGACGUGCUGCAGUCGCUCACCAGCGUGCUGCAGAUCAACCAGCGGCCCGCUGUGGUGGGGGUCUUCACCACACAGACCAACAGUAUUCCCGGCUCAGCAGUGUGUGGGUUUUAUUUGGAUGACAUUGAGCGAGUGUUUAAUGGGAAGUUUAAGGAGCAGAAGAACAGCGAUUCAGUGUGGACGCCGGUGCCUGAGGAACACGUGCCCGAACCACGUCCAGGUUCAUGUGCAGGUGAAGGUUCAGCGUCCUCCUACUCCUCUUCUGUUCAGUUUCCAGACUCUGUGCUUUCAUUUAUUAAGACACAUCCACUGAUGGACGAGUCUGUGUCAGCGAUCAACAGCCAACCGCUGAUCACCAGCACCGCCAGCAGGUAUAAGCUGACUCAGAUUGUAGUGGAUACGGCGGCGGGGCCUCAUAAGAACCGCAGCGUUGUGUUUCUGGGCUCUGAAGACGGCCGGGUCCUGAAGAUCCUGACCGGCACUCAAGCCAACAGCUCAGGCAGCUCCAGACUGCUGGAGGACCUCCACGUCUUCAGUCCCACACAGUGUUCUGGAGAGCGGACUGUGUUGGGUCUGGAGCUGGAUAAGGAGCAUCACGCUCUGUUUGUGGCGUUUUCCAGCUGCAUUAUCAGAGUUCCUCUCAGCCGCUGCGCUCCACACACCACCUGCAAGAGACGCUGUCUCCACACACACGACCCAUACUGCAUCUGGCUGCGGACGGGACGCUGUGCAGACGUGGCUCCAGGGUUCAAGGCGGGGUUUGAGCAGGACAUCGACGGUGAGCAGUCACCUUCAUCUGACACAUGCACAGAUGUGACGUCAGCAGCAGGAAGUGAUGUGAACUCCGCUGUGGAUUCAGCCUCUGGUGUGAAGCAGCUUCCUGACGCAGCGGCUCUCAGCGGAGGCUUUCACGUCACUCUUCUGGCCGCGUGUGUGCUGGUGGCGUUCGUGUUGGGUGCCGUCGUGUCCGGUUUGCUGGUGUCCUGUUACUGCGGUCAGAGAUCCCACCAAUCACAGGAGCCCGAGGCCUCGCUCUCGCUCACCAGCCUCGCCACACUCAACCGCCUCAUAGACACCAGACCAGACAAGAACGACCUCACUUCCUCUCAGACCUACAGCUCCGAGCCCAUUAAACCACACGCGACUGAGGACGAGGAGUUCGUCUCGGACCUGCCCACCCCGGAUCCCACCCCAGAGCUGCCCAUCAAGAACUUAAAGGCUCUGAACAGCCAAUGGGAGAGAAGCCACACCUUCAACUCCAAUCAGACGCUUCCCAGCAGACACAACGAUGAUGCAUUUAAAUGCACGCAUAUGACUCCGUCCUUAUUAGCAGGGGACUCUGGGUCAUCGCACACGCCAACAUCACAUCACAGCUGCCUAAAACAGACGCCAGAAACCUCAACGCCUCCGCAGAUUCCCCUACAAACACUUCCUGAGCGCCAGCUCCUUAUAAAAAUAGACAACGGAGUCUCGACGGCUCGGCAGCACAGCUUUCACUCGGGAAACAUCUACGAGCUCCACAGGCCGCUGAUCGCGGGCGGCUCGUGUCUGACGCGGCAGCACAGCUACAGUGAGCCUCCGCCGCUCCAGCGGGCCGCCAUCAUCAGACGCACAGCCUCGCUCAAACCACAGAUCCCCCCCAAACCCACCAACAUACCCCCAAAACAGCCCUCGCACGCCAAACACAGCUACUGACCUCUGACCCCACCAACACAGACAGCGCAGGUUUGGAGUUGAAUACUAGUGUACUGAUCACUGCACAGUGUAUACUGUAUAUAGCAAACACUUUACACUAUUAUGUUGCAUGCUUAAUUCAGGAUGUGGUGUCUGGUUGACUGUAAAAUAAAAAGGUUAUUUUGCAUUUCUAAUGCGAUUUUGUUUCCCUUGACAAAAA